AUGAGAAAAGGCGGUGAAAUCACGGGCUUUGCGCAGGUGGUCAAACCGUACGUGCUGCGUCAUGGUCCGGCAACAGCACUCAAUGCAAGCUCGGAUGUCAGCGAGUCUCUCCAGAAUCUUAUCCUUCAGCAUUGCAAUAUCAGCACAUUUCUCAGGCAUUACCUUGACCGUAACAUCACGGCUGAUGACCUCAGCAUCUACCGUGGCCUCACACCGCAGAAGGCCAUCAUGGAUAUGCUGUGCUCUAUGAGCCGGUCAAUUGACCCACGCCGACUGUGGAAACUGACAACGGAGGAAUCAAAAUCUGUCAAUGAUCAGCCGCGCGUCCGGGUACUGAAGGCGAAUGUGGAUACCUUGAAAAUAUACGUGAUGGGGCUGCCUCUCGAGACUUCACAACGUGAACUGCUUAAUGAGAAGCAACGAGCUAGAGCACAGCUGAAACGGGUUAAACUGGAUCAAUACAAACAGGAACAGCCUGUGAUUGACAGCGAGCGGCAACUGUCAGGAGGGAUAAUCAAUGAGGAUGUCAAAAAUGCACUGGAGGGGAUUAAGUAUAUGACACCUGAGCACUUGACACUCAUUGAUGCUAUUCUGACUCUGCCUGGACGAACCUGGGAAGCGGAACAGCAAAGACGGAUCAACGCAAUGAAUGCAGUUACCAAAUACUGUGGGGUGGAGGAAGGCUCUUGGUUCUUCCGCCAGCACAACCUGCAGGGCCCAACAACUAGUGCCUCCGUGCAGAUCGGCAGACAACUCAGUCAACCGCAACCACGUAUCCAUGAAGCUAUUCAGAUAGUGAUGGCAGAUAAGAGACCAACUAUCUGUUUUCUCUGCCUCCAGAAUCCCGCGCUCCCAGAGUCUCAGCGAGUUAGUCAGUUCAAAAGGCCGGGAGAGUUGACCAGGCAUUUUGAGAGGAAACAUCUCAACAAAUUUCAAGGGUUGAACUGUAUUCUCUGUCAAGUGACACUGCAAACCCUUUCACAACUUAUGCUUCAUGCAGAAACUAAGCAUGGGACGGUCACGCGGAACUCAAAAUACAGGAUACUCUGCAACUCACCGCACCCUUCAGCAGUAUAUAAAGGUCAGUUGUCUCAAUAG